GGUGGUAAGACUAAACGAGCGCCCACAUAUGACGACAGGUUUUCACUUCCUGUUCUGGCUAACAUCGUCAUCAUUUACCCGCGAACGUUGAACAGCCUACUUUGUUUGGCGGGAUUGAGCAGAAAAGAAGUCACCCCCAUCGUCUACGCGGAACCAUGGAUUUUUCAAGUGGAAGAAAGAAGUCCCUCACCAACACUCAGACGGAGCUCUAUAGACAUCAUCUGCAGUUCUACGACCAGCCUCCCCUGGAAAAUAUCUCUCUUGGUGAAUUUGAGGCAUUCGCUGUGGAUCGACUGAAAUUGUUGAAGACCGUGGAAAAUGUGGGCGUGAGCUACCUGAAAGGGUCAGAUCAGUACUCAAACAAACUGGUGUCUGAGUUAAAAUCUCUGAACUUUCCUUACAGACCGGACGCUGAUGACCGAAAACCUCAGACUGGACCAAGUGAACAUGACAAACGGAGGAAGGACCAUAUCUCCCACUUUAUUCUCAGACUUGCCUACUGCCAAACGGAGGAUCUGAGACGGUGGUUUAUACAACAGGAAGUUGAUCUCUUCCGCCACCGCUUCGAUGAACUGUCUCCACAACAAAAGCUUGAACUUCUUAACAGAAAUAAUCUGCAAUAUGCCACUACGAGUGUCAAGGAGAAGAUUCUUCUGAAGGAUGAACUUCUCAACUCCAGUUACAACGUCAGUGGAAUCACUGUGGAAGAACAGGACUUCUACAAAGUGCCAUUUCAAGACGCCCUGGAUCUAGUGCGAGCGAGGAAGGUGUACCUCAAAGCCGGCUACGUGUACAUCCCUCAGAAGGACAUAGUCACUAUUGUUCUCAACGAUUUCCGCACACGGCUAUCUAAAUCUCUGGCAUUGACGGCCCGCUCGCUACCAGCAGUGCAUUCUGAUGAACGGCUCCAACCGCUCCUCAACCACCUCAGUCACGCCUAUGUGGGACAGGAUUACAGCAUCCAGAAGAAUGUUGGGAAAAUUUCAUUGGAUCAAAUUGAUUCACUUUCAGGGAAGUCCUUCCCGCUCUGCAUGAGGCAGCUCCACCAGUCCCUCCGAGAGAACCACCACCUCCGCCACGGGGGGCGCAUGCAGUACGGCCUCUUCCUCAAAGGCAUCGGCCUCUCCCUGGAGCAAGCGCUGCAGUUCUGGAGAUCAGAGUUCAUAAGAGGCAAAGUGGAUGCGGACAAGUUUGACAAAGCGUAUGCCUACAGCGUCCGCCACAUGUUUGGCAAAGAAGGCAAGCGGACAGACUACACCCCCUACAGUUGCAUGAAGGUGAUUUUAUCAAACCCACCCAGCCAAGGAGACCAUCACGGCUGUCCUUUCCGUCACAGUGACCCCGAACUGCUGAAGCAGAAGCUUCAGUUCUACAAAGUUCCUGCCAGUGGGAUCAGUCAGAUCCUGGAGCUGGUUAAAGGGAUGCAUUUUCAGCUGGCAUGCCAGAAGUACUUUGAGCUGACACACAAUAUUGACGACGCCAAUUUCUCACUCAAUCACCCCAACCAGUACUUUAUAGAGAGUCAGAAGGUUUUAGGAGGGGGCAAGGAGAUAAAGCGUGAGGUGGACACUGCACAAAGGUUGCAGGAAAAUUCGGCCACCAAAGGAUCGGCGGCAACUCGAGAGCCGGCAGCCGACGCCUCCAAAGCGGAGGAUGAGAUGACGGAGGACCUGGACUCCUACUUUCAGGAUGCCUGAUUCGUUUUGUCCCCUUUUUAUUCUUUGGGGUUUGCAGUUACAGGAGGAGGGGGGGCUACAUAAUGUAUUUUCGGCUGACUCUGACUCUGUACAUGGAGUGUUCAGGAUCAAAGUUACAAAUCACUUAUUUUCUAUGUAGACCUUUAACUGUACCAAAUUCAAACUUCAACAUCUCCAUCUCUGGUCACCGCCUCUAUUGUUAAUUUGUUUACGCUGGUGACAUUACAUUGUUCUGGUUUAAUCACACUGUAAAAAGUUUCUCUGCUUUUCCUUUGUUCUUCCCACACUGGUGUGAACUCUUCUAUGCGUCUCAUUGCACUGUCUGUGUUUUUGCAGGGAUUCAGUUGUUAGGUGUGAUGACUAGAACAUAGCUGUCUCAGAAACAAUGUCAUUGUAUUUGCUGGCAGGAGGAUGGAUGAAAAUAAACUUUCUUUUUCCACAGUUA